CAGGGUUCACACUCUGGAGCACAACCUUGCUGACCAUUCAGAGGGACAUCGUUUCCAAAGAGCAGUCAUUACCCUGAACACUGUUCCAAGCCAACCAUGAGCCAAGGGUCCAGCAUGGAACUGCAGAGGUCUGACAUGGCUUCUCCUGAGACUGACUUAUACGAUUGGGACUCCCAGUCUGAUGAUGAAGAUGCGAUCAGUUUUGUCAUGGUUACCGGCAAGAAAUGUGAGCACAAGGAGCAUGGACAGUGCUUUCCAGAGCAGUCUCCGGAGGGGGAGUACGAGACGGCCGUCACCCAGGAGAAGCAGGACGAUCUGAGAUCGCACACAGGACUGCGGCCCACCUCGGUCUGCGACCAUGAGGUCACCCCCAGAACAUUAAACGUCGACAAAGCUGGCCGUCUGAAACUUGAGACUGUGGAAGACCUCUACAACAUUUUGCAGCUGAAGAAGAGGAAGAGAGUGAAGAGGGUGCCAGUUCAGCAGACUGUACCUAUCCCAGAGGUCGUGCCUGAUGUAGUGGAUGAGCUGACAUUCCUGAGCGCGGCUGCGGACAACAAACUGCCGGUGGUUGAGAAGUACCUGGAGAACGGUGGAGAUCUCAACGUCACCGACAACUUUAAUCGCACGGCGCUGCACAAAGCCUGCUCCCAGGGCCACGUGGAGAUCGUGCAGAAACUCCUGGAGGCCGGGGCUUCCACUGAGAGCAAAGACAAGCUGGAUUCAACAGCCGUACACUGGGCAUGUCGGGGAGGAAGUCUGCCGGUGCUGGAGCUACUGCUAAACCACAACGCCAACCUCAGUGCCAGGGACAAGUUGCGCAGCACCCCCUUACACGUGGCGGUGAGGACUGGGCACUUUGAAUGCGCCGAGCAUCUCAUCCACUGUGGCGCGGACAUUAACUCCAAAGAUGUGGAGGGGGAUACGCCUAUGCACGAAGCUGUAAGAACAAACCGAUUCAAACUGAUCCAACUACUGCUGAUCUCUGGAGCAAACAUGAAUCUGAAGAAUUUCGAGGGAAAGACUCCAAUGGAGAACGUUCUACAGUGGCAGAACGGGGCUAAAACCAUUCUUUGUAACUUCAAGGAAGAGAAUUAGUCCAAUUACAAAUAUUUUAAAAUGUAUUGUCAGGAGGUAUGCCAUUUCAGGAACAAAAUGUGCUCCUGUAAACGUUGUGCUCCAAAGCUUUUUUUAUUGGACAUCUACUCGAGUGGAUGACAGAGAGCUUAAGAGUAUGUCAACACAAUAUUCACACAUGUGAAGUUGUGUAGCAAUUUGUCAGACCUUCAUUUUAUGGAAAAAGUGGAAAAUGACUUUCUGUCAUAGUUGUGUCCAUUGAAGUAAUGGGGUAAAGGUGAUGUGUUAAGUUACCAGUUUUGGUAGACUGCAGGGAAGGAAUGAUGAACGACCUUGAUUUA